CCUUACCUCCGACCUCACCUCUGCUUUAACUCUUGCAUCUCUCAAACUUCAACACAAACUUUCUCUCUACAUCCGCCCCCACGAAUUCUCCUAUUCCGCAAUUUCUAUUUAAACACACACCACACACGCAAGAGCCAGCACUUGGCUUUUUUUUUAUCUUGCAACACUCACAGCUCCCCCUCCUUUCGUCAUCACCGAGCCAGCAUCAGCUUCGCCUGAAGCAUCCAGAUAACCAUCAUGGCUCCCCAGCCUGACGAGCACCACCCCCACAAGAAGGUCAACUUGACCGACCCUUCCGGCGCCGAGGUCAAGAACGAGGAUGAUGUCGCGACCGCGAUUCUCAAGAAGAAGAAGAAGCCUAACCAGUUGAUGGUCACCGAUGCCGUCAACGAUGACAACAGCAUUAUCGCCCUCUCCGAGGCCACUAUGGACCAGCUCCAGCUUUUCCGAGGUGAUACCGUUCUGGUUCGAGGCAAGAAGAGAAAGGACACCGUCCUCAUCGUUCUUGCCGACGAGGAACUCGAUGAUGGCAGCGCUCGCAUCAACCGAGUCGUUCGUCACAAUUUGAGAGUCAAGCACGGUGAUAUGAUCACCAUCCACCCUUGCCCGGAUAUCAAAUACGCCAAGAGAAUUGCUGUUCUCCCCAUUGCUGAUACCGUCGAGGGUAUCACCGGUUCCCUGUUCGACGUUUUCCUCGCUCCCUACUUCCGAGAAGCUUACCGACCUGUUCGCCAAGGAGACUUGUUUAUCGUCCGCGGUGGUAUGAGACAAGUAGAAUUCAAGGUUGUCGAGGUCGAUCCUCCCGAGUAUGGUAUCGUCGCACAAGAUACUGUUAUUCACUGCGAGGGUGAGCCUAUCCAGCGAGACGAGGAAGAGAACAACCUCAACGAGGUUGGUUAUGAUGACAUUGGUGGAUGCCGAAAGCAAAUGGCCCAGAUCCGAGAGAUGGUUGAGCUUCCUCUCCGACAUCCCCAGCUUUUCAAGUCUAUUGGUAUCAAGCCUCCCCGAGGUGUUCUGCUCUACGGUCCCCCCGGUACCGGUAAGACUCUAAUGGCUCGAGCUGUUGCCAACGAGACUGGUGCUUUCUUCUUCCUCAUCAACGGUCCUGAGAUCAUGUCCAAGAUGGCUGGUGAAUCCGAGUCAAACCUCCGAAAGGCUUUCGAGGAGGCUGAGAAGAACUCCCCUGCCAUCAUCUUCAUCGAUGAAAUUGACUCUAUCGCCCCCAAGCGUGAGAAGACCAACGGUGAGGUCGAGCGACGAGUCGUCUCUCAGCUCCUUACCCUCAUGGACGGUAUGAAGGCCCGCUCCAACGUCGUCGUGAUGGCUGCUACCAACCGUCCCAACUCUAUCGACCCCGCCCUUCGACGAUUCGGCCGUUUCGAUCGUGAGGUCGACAUUGGUAUCCCUGACCCUACCGGCCGUCUUGAGAUUCUUCAGAUUCACACCAAGAAUAUGAAGCUCGGCGAUGACGUCGACCUGGAGCAGAUUGCCUCCGAGACACACGGCUACGUCGGUUCCGAUGUUGCUGCCCUCUGCUCCGAGGCCGCUAUGCAGCAGAUUCGUGAGAAGAUGGAUCUCAUCGAUCUCGACGAGGACACAAUCGAUGCCGAGGUUCUUGAUUCUCUCGGUGUCACCAUGGAGAACUUCCGUUUCGCCCUUGGUGUGUCCAACCCCUCCGCUCUCCGCGAGGUCGCCGUCGUCGAGGUUCCCAACGUUCGCUGGGAGGACAUUGGUGGUCUCGAGGAGGUCAAGCAGGAUCUCAAGGAGAACGUUCAGUACCCUGUUGACCACCCCGAGAAGUACCUCAAGUUCGGUAUGUCUCCUUCUCGAGGUGUGCUGUUCUUUGGUCCUCCUGGUACUGGUAAAACUAUGUUGGCCAAGGCCGUUGCCAACGAGUGUGCUGCCAACUUCAUCUCCGUCAAGGGACCUGAGCUUCUCAGCAUGUGGUUUGGUGAGUCUGAGAGCAACAUCCGAGACAUCUUCGACAAGGCUCGUGCUGCCGCUCCUUGUGUUGUCUUCCUUGACGAACUUGACUCCAUUGCCAAGGCUCGUGGUGGAUCCAUGGGUGAUGCUGGCGGUGCUUCUGACCGUGUCGUCAACCAGCUCCUGACUGAAAUGGAUGGUAUGACUUCCAAGAAGAAUGUCUUCGUUAUUGGCGCCACCAACCGACCCGAGCAGCUCGACCCUGCUCUGUGCCGACCUGGUCGUCUCGACUCGCUCAUCUACGUACCUCUGCCCGAUGAGCCCGGUCGUCUCAGCAUUAUCAAGGCCCAGCUCCGCAAGACCCCCAUCGCCUCCGAUAUCGACUUCGGCUACAUUGCCUCCAAGACCCACGGUUUCUCUGGUGCUGAUAUCGGCUUCAUCACCCAGCGUGCUGUCAAGAUCGCUAUCAAGGAGUCUAUCGCUGCCGAUAUCGAGCGCCAGAAGGCUCGCGAGGCUGCUGGUGACGAGAUGGACACAGAUGAGGAUGCUGAGGACCCCGUGCCCGAGUUGACCAAGGCCCACUUCGAGGAGGCUAUGCAGAUGGCUCGCCGAUCAGUAUCUGACGUCGAGAUCCGCCGGUACGAGGCCUUUGCCCAACAGAUGAAGAACGCUGGUCCUGGUGCCUUCUUCAAGUUCCCCGAGGCCGGUGCCGAGGCUGCUGGUGCUGACGGCGGUAACUCGUUUGGCGAUGCUGGCAACGAUGAUGAUCUCUACGACUAAGGACGGCAACGACUGUAUGGACAUGAGUCCUUUGUAUUCUAAUAAUUUCACUCGCACAUCUCUACAUUGGCUCGUAGGCUGCUAGUGGGCAAUAUACUCACGCAUUCUAUACGGCUGAUAUUCGAAUGGGAGUUGGUAGAAUGGUAGAGGAAAGAAGAACGGCAACCUGAUCCUGGCUUUUCUGAUGAGCCAGAAGGAUAUGAAAGUAGUCACGGUGUGACUCGAGACGGAUUUGCGUUUUGAUAGAUGAUGAAAUUGAUUCCCUUAGCUUUA